CUAUUAGUACAUUGACUAGGCAUUAUAGCUGAAUCAAUGGUCGGACGAUCCAACCAACAUUUUAAUUUAAUUUUAAUUUUAAUUGAAGAAAACCAAGUUUUAGUAUCGAAUCAUAACACCGGUUUUACCAAAUUUGAUAAACUAUGACUGAGUUUACCAAUUUUACUCAAAUUAGAUUCUUAACACAACCCAUAAUCAGUUAGACACAAUCCGAUCGGUUUGACCGGCAAAUCCGGUCCGAUUUUCAAAACACUGAUUACAAUUUAUAAUGAUGAAAAUUAAACAAAAUAGAUUACAUAUUUAAAAAAAUAAAAAUUACAAAGAUAAAAUAAAUAUAUAAGUAUAUAAAUACAAUACAUAAAUAGUAAUAAAUAUUGCACUAUAGUUAUGUUACUCUAAUUUUAUAAAUCAAAAUAUGAAAAUAUUAGUAAUAAACAAAAUACAUCUAUCUUCCAUUAAUAAAUACAUUUACAUAAUUAAAAACACACCAUCAUAUGAAUAAUUCAGAUAAAUGUUAAAUUUAUAUGACAGAAAUAAAAGAAAGAGAUAAAUAGAAAAUUGAUUUUUUUUGUAUUGUUAAAACUGUAAAUAAAAUUGAAUGAAAAUAUGUUAUUUAUUGAAGAAUAUUAAAUAUAUUAAUAAUUUGUAACAAAAUCAUUUAUUGGUAAAAAAAAAAGUGAACAUCACCAAAAUUGUAGUGGACAAAAAUGUAUGUAUCCACCUUGCUUGACUCAACAAAUCUUGAUCAAGUUUUUUAGUUCACUCAGUUAUGAAACUCCACAACCUUUGUGUUUCUAUCUCUGUUUCAAAAGUUCUAAUCUAAUUCUAGGUAAAAGUUAAAAUAUAUAUGAAAUAACAUUUUCCUAUUUUCUAAUACUAUAAUAUUUCUAAUAUUUUAACAUCAUCAAAUUUUUUAAUUUAUUAUCUAAAAAUGUUUCUUUAGUUCUAAUCACGUCAAAUAAACAUAUGAAAAUAUUCUACAUUAGUGCAUUUUGAGGUCUGCAUGUUUUUUUUUCUAAAUUUUGUGUGAUACAUUUUGUGUAACACUGCAUCACGAACCAAAACUUCGUCUCUUCAGCAACUCACUAGUGAAGUUGGAUUCAGUCAGCAACAACUCUGAGAGUUCCAUUCGCAAGAAUGCAUAUUUUAUUAUUGCUAUAAUACCAGGUAUAUAUCAUGCUUCUUUUGUAAUAAUAUCCAUACCUGAAAUGAAAUAAUAUUUGGAUUGAUAAAAUCAAAAUAUAGAUUCUCAUGAAGAGAUUGAUCAGAGUGACAAUUACUUGAUUACAAGUUGAAUAGAGAAGAAUAGAUUGAAUCUGGCCUUAAAUUCAACAAGAUGAAAUCCAACAUAAGCAACUUUCCCCUAUCUGAAACUGAAAAAGUAUAGUAAGCUUUUGCUGGAUCAAUAUCAACUAUUCUUGUAUCUUUUUUUUUGUCAGCAACAUACACUCAUGUAGAAUCUCCAAAUCAAACUGGUAACUCCGCAUCCAUGUGGACAACAAACAAUUUGUAUGUUCAUAUAGUAUUUUGUUACUGUAUGUGUAUAUGUAUGCAUAUAGAUGCCUUGGUGUUGCAAACUUCAGCUUUGAUCUUUCUCUAGACAAUCUGGUUCAUUUCACUUCCUACAAUAAAAUUUAAUUACUUUAGUACUUGACUAUUGGGUGACAAUGCUUAAUGGCCUAAAACUCUCUAUGAGAAAGAGCAUCAUGUUUUAACAAUCUAGAAGCAUUAUUUAACUAUAAGCUGUUAAGCUAGAUGAGCUUCCAACCUAAAACCAAUUGGUGCUAAGUGGAGUGGUCCAUCCAUCUUAUAUAUUGCUUAGGAUCCCUUCCAAUAUCCGAUGUGGGACAUUUAUCCCUAAUACGCCCCCUCGAGAUGAUGGCUUUUUGAGCGUCAAUCUCGGAAUGCUCGGGCAAGGAUCGAUGGGCCGACUUUGGGCUGGAUCGAUAAUGGAUCGGAUUGGACUGCAUGGAUCGGGCUCUGAUACCAUGUUAAGCUAGAUGAGCUUCCGACCUAAAACCAAUUGGUGCUAAGUGGAGUGGUCCAUCCAUCUUAUAUAUUGCUUAGGAUCCCUUCCAAUAUCCGAUGUGGGACAUUUAUCCCUAAUACGCCCCCUCGAGAUGAUGGCUCUUUGAGCGUCAAUCUCGGAAUGCUCGGGCAAGGAUCGAUGGGCCGACUUUGGGCUGGAUCGAUAAUGGAUCGGAUUGGACUGCAUGGAUCGGGCUCUGAUACCAUGUUAAGCUAGAUGAGCUUCCGACCUAAAACCAAUUGGUGCUAAAUGGAGUGACCCAUCUAUCUUAUAUAUUGCUUAGGAUCCCUUCCAAUAUCCGAUGUGGGACAUUUAUCCCUAAUACGCCCCCUCGAGAUGAUGGCUCUUUGAGCGUCAAUCUCGGAAUGUUCGGGCAAGGAUCGAUGGCCCAACUUUGGGCCAGAUCGAUGUGGAUCGGGUUGGACUGCGUGGAUCGGGCUCUGAUACCAUGUUAAGCUAAAUGGGCUUCCAACCUAAAACCAAUUGGUUUUAGGUUGGAAGCCCAUCUAGCUUAACAUAAGCAGCAUGAAUUCAGAGAGAUCAAUAAUCUCAAGAGAAAAGACGUGAUCUUUUCUAGAAGACGUGUCCAUGAGUUUUUAUUAUUUUGUGUUUUCUUUUUUUUUUAUGUGGAAAAUGUAAAAAUUAAUAUUUUAUUUUUAUUUUAGCGAAGACUUCAAUUAGCAUAAGGCUAGAUUUGUAUUAACCUAAUCCUCCAACAUUUAAUGUGUAAAUAUUAUUGGGAUAAAAUUUAGUUAGAUGUAUCUCAUUUUGCUAAUAGUUUGUAACAACUUGUUUGGACUUGCUCAAAAUUAGGCCAGAGCAUUUUAACAUGGACACGAAAAUUCGAACUGGAAUCGACCUGAAAAUAUCUGAUCCAAACUUGAACCAAAAAUUUACAAGUAUUUUUGGGUCUAAAUUUUUUUCACCCAAAAAAACCGGUAUCGAAUAGACCCGACCCGAUAAGAACCGAUUUGUACCCGACUUAAAAAAAUGUAUAUCCAAAAUUAUGAUUUUUUGGGUUCUAUUAUAUAUAUACAUAUAUUAUUCUAUGAUUUAGUUGAAAUAUCUUUUGUUAACAAUAUACUUUGUAACAUUUUUAAGUAAUAUGAAUCUUUAAAAUGUAAAUUUAGAGUUUAAAAAUAUUUUAUUUUAAUUAUUAAUAGUUUAAUUAAAGUUAUUUUGUAAAAGUUUAGAUAUAUAUUAAAAAUAUCGACUAAAUUUGAUGGAGUUUGGGUAUUUCAUAUCUUUUUCAGAUUCUAAAUACCCGAACCUGAUCCGGACCGGAUAUGCACCCGAAAAUUAUAGGUAUUUUAUCUCUAUAAAAUUAUUUGAGAAGUCAGUUCCUACGUGUCGCGCUCACGUUAACUCUCACAGUAGUUGAUUACAAUGAUACCCUUAAUGAAUUGAUUAAUUAUAAUUAUAAUUGUCAUUAUUGAUAUUUUCUUUUUUUUUUGAUAAUAUUCUCAAUUUCCUUAUUUUAAGUAUUUUCCCUUUUUCCUUAUUUGUUUUUGAUUUUUCAAUCUUAGUAUUUUUUAUUUAUUUUUCAAAAUGAAAUAUAUAAUAAAAACGAAAUAUUCAAAGAGUAAAUAAAAAAUAUUUAAAAAAAAGAAAGAACAUAUUUUAGGAAAAUUUAUACUAUAUAUAAUGUGACUUUAUAAAAAAAGGAAAGUUCACAAAAAAAAUCUUGAUAUUAAUGUGAAAUAAACAUCUCUUUUAACAAUAAUAAAUUAUUUUAAUUUUAUCAAUAAAGUUUCCUAGAUUAUUAAAAAGUAAUCUAAAUAACAUAAACUAGGAUAUCUUUGAUGAACUAAAAUAUUUUAUAGAUGCUAUAAUUGAUAUUUUUCUUCAUUUUUGCAUAAUUUUUUUUGUGUAUUUUUUACUUUUCAUUUGCAAUUGUUUUUACCAAAAUACAUUAUAAAUACAAAUACACAAACUAUAAUCAAACCUAAUAUACCACUAAACUUUCUGUAAGGCUUAAUAUUUUUUUCCUUUUUAUUGAAAAGUUUAAUAUAUUUAUACAACCUAAUAUACAUUUAAUAAGAAUACAUAAACCAAUAUGAACUGUUAUGGUUAAGAUUAUUUAGAAGAACUUUUAAUUUAUCUUUUAUACAUUUAAAGUAUACAGUUAUUUAAAAUUUACGAAAAGAAAUUACUUUGUAGAUAUCUAUCUGUUCAUGAGGUUUUAAAAUUUUAUUAAAGUAUAGUUAGAUAUUUAUGAUGAAGAACUGAAAUACUGUAAUAAAUAAAAUCCAUCAAAUUUUGUUAAACUAAAAUCAAAAGUAGUUGUAUAUAGAUUUGAAGAAAUAUAUGUAACUCAAUAUAACCUACAAAGUACGUAACUUAAACAAUCCAAAAUUUUAUACCCAAAAUCAUUAACCAAAUUUUAUCUAUUUAGAACAAUAAAAAUAGUCAAAUUACGUUAUAAUACAUCCAAAUAAUAAUCAAAUCGAUUAGAUAUUAUAAAUUAAAAGCACAUAUUUAAUGAAAAUAACAAAAUAUUAAUCAAAAAUCAUACAUAUAAAUUACAAAAUAAUUAAAAUAAAAGCUUAAACAUUAAUUAAUUUAUAAUAUAUUUAUUUUUUUUAAUAUUUUUAUCCGUGUACGUGCGUGGGAAAGUCACCUAAUAGGUAUUUUAAUUAUAGAUCUAAACCGACUCGGACCCGAGAAAAAUCGACCCGAAUCCAAACCAAAAAUUUACAAGUACCUAUUGAAUCCAAAUUUUUAGGAUCCAAAAAACCCGAACUCUAAAAGAACUGGCUUAAACCCGAUCCAAAGAUCCUAACGCUCAUGCCUACUCAAAAUCAUACUAUUAGGCAGGACAGAGCGAGUAAUAUUGGGCUUAUUAUGAGCGUUUAAAAAUGGGCCAUAACGACAAACGAACAGUGAAAUAGAGUUGGGAAGGUCUCUUUAACCACCGGGUUUUUAGCCGCGAACGAACUCCUCCGCUUAUGAAGUUUCAAAUAUAGCUAGACAGAGAGAGAAAGAAAGAGAAAGCAGAGAGAUGACGUCACAGAAGAGAUUCAUCUUCGAGGUGGAAGCUGCUAAGGAAGCCACCGAUGGAAAACCCUCCAUUGGUCCUGUCUAUCGCAGUACUUUCGCCAAAGACGGUUUCCCUAACCCUAUCGACGGGAUCGACAGCUGUUGGGAUAUUUUCCGCACGGCUGUUGAGAAAUAUCCAAACAAUCGCAUGCUUGGUCGACGUGAGAUUGUGAACAACAAGGCAGGAAAGUAUGAGUGGAAAACAUACAAAGAAGUAUAUGACAUUGUCCUAAAACUUGGAAACUCUCUCCGUAGCUGCGGGAUUGAGGAGGGAGGAAAAUGUGGUAUUUAUGGUGCAAACUGUCCUGAGUGGAUUAUAAGCAUGGAGGCAUGCAAUGCACAUGGGCUCUAUUGUGUUCCUUUUUACGAUACUUUAGGCUCUGGUGCGGUGGAGUUUAUUAUUUCCCAUGCAGAAGUUUCCAUUGCUUUUGUAGAGGAGAAAAAGAUUCCUGAGCUUUUUAAGACAUGUCCAAACUCCACAAAGUAUAUGAAGACUGUUGUGAGCUUUGGCGGUGUCAAAUCGGAACAGAAAGAAGAAGCUGAAAAGUUAGGACUGGUAAUACAUGCUUGGGAUGAGUUCUUGAAGCUGGGUGAAGGUAAACAAUAUGAUCUUCCUGUUAAAAAGAAAAGUGACAUUUGCACAAUUAUGUAUACUAGCGGAACCACUGGUGACCCAAAGGGAGUUCUGAUGUCAAAUGAGAGCAUUGUUACCAUAACAGCUGGAGUGAGGCAUUUCUUAGCGAUUUUUAACGAAUCCCUUACUGAGAAGGAUGUCUACAUAUCUUAUCUUCCUCUUGCGCACGUCUUUGACCGGGCUGUGGAGGAGUGCAUUAUUCAAGUUGGUGGUUCAAUCGGUUUCUGGCGCGGGGAUGUUAAGUUGUUGAUUGAAGACCUUGGUGAGCUAAAGCCAAGUAUUUUCUGCGCUGUUCCUCGUGUCCUAGAACGAGUAUACACAGGUCUGCAGCAAAAACUAUCCGUUGGUGGUUUCUUCAAAAAGAAAGUUUUCAAUGUUGCUUUCUCCUAUAAAUUUGGAAAUAUGAAGAAGGGGCAGUCUCAUGUCGAAGCAGCUCCAUUCUGUGACAAACUUGUCUUCAACAAGGUUAAACAAGGACUGGGAGGCAAUGUGAGGAUUAUUCUAUCUGGAGCAGCUCCUCUUGCUAGUCACAUAGAGUCAUUUCUUAGAGUUGUGGCAUGUUGUCAUGUUCUACAAGGAUAUGGUCUAACUGAGAGCUGUGCUGGUACUUUUGUCACCUUCCCUGACGAACUUGACAUGCUUGGAACUGUUGGUCCACCAGUUCCAAACGUGGAUAUUCGCCUAGAAUCUGUCCCUGACAUGGAAUACGAUGCUCUUGGAAGUAUUCCGCGAGGCGAAAUCUGCAUCCGUGGGAAAACUCUGUUUUCUGGAUACCACAAACGUGAAGACCUCACCAAAGAGGUUCUUAUUGAUGGAUGGUUUCACACAGGUGAUGUUGGUGAGUGGCAACCAGAUGGAAGCAUGAAGAUAAUUGACCGCAAAAAGAACAUCUUCAAACUCGCGCAAGGGGAGUACGUUGCAGUUGAGAAUUUAGAAAAUGUGUAUGGUCAAGUAGAAGCCAUUGAUUCAAUAUGGGUGUAUGGGAACAGCUUUGAGUCCUUCCUUAUAGCAGUCGCUAACCCAAGUCAGCAAACUCUUGAACGCUGGGCCGCGGAGAAUGGAGUGAAUGGAGACUUCGACUCUAUAUGUCAAAACACAAAAGCGAAAGCAUUUUUACUUGGAGAACUCGUUAAGACAGCAAAAGAGAGAAAGUUGAAGGGUUUUGAGAUCAUUAGAGCUGUUCAUUUGGAACCUGUGCCUUUCGACAUUGAAAGAGACCUUCUUACUCCUACCUACAAGAAGAAGAGGCCUCAAUUGCUCAAAUACUAUCAGAAUGUGAUUGAUGAUAUGUACAAGACUGCAAAGGAAGGUCAAGCUUCAGUACAGUAGAUCCAUUCUACAUUCUAGUUUCAUUCAUUCUUUCUUUUUCCUGAUCAGGCAUGACUUUCUUCAUUUACGUUUCUCUAAAUAAGGUUUUGUUAAUGUCUUGAGAUGCUGCAUAGCUUCUUGACAUACUACAACAUGUCUUACUCUAUAAUUUUAUUUCAAAAUUUCAUGUUCCUAGACUUUGUACGAACUUUAACCCGAAAUCUUGUAAACAGUGGAGAAUUUAGUUUGGGGUUAUUAACAAUGCAACGAUUCUUGCUCUUAUACCCAAAGUCCAAGGAGCAGAAACUUGAAGGAUUUUCGAUCUAUUUAUUGCUGCAAUAUUCUCUACAAAGUUGUCUCUAAAAUUUUUGCCAAUCAUCAAAGUUUUUCUACCGGAAUUGAUUGAACCUAAUCAAUGUGAAUUUGUAAAGGGAAGACUUCUCCUAGAGAACGUAUUGCUAGCCACAGAAUUGGUCAAGAACUACCACAAGGACUCCAUUAGAGCUCGCAGCGUUUUAAAGCUCGACAUAUCAAAGGCGUUUGACUCAGUUAAUUGGUCAUUCAUCUUGGAUACACUUCGAGCCAUGAAUAUAUCUACUCAGUUAAUUGGUUAUUCAUCUUGGAUACAAUUUGAGCCAUGAAUAUACCUGAUCAGUUUGUACAUUCGAAUCAUGUCUUCCUAUCUACAAUUGCUUUCUCAGUUUUUAUCAGUGGUGAACUUGAGGAGUUCUUUCUGAGUACUCGAGGCCUAAGGCAAGGUUGUGCACUAUCUCAGUACCUAUUUGUCAUUACGAUUAAUAUUUUAUCACGCCUUCUGAACAGAGCAGCCUCAUCUGGGAAUAUUGGUUACUAUCCUACAUGCUCGGAAGUGAAUCUCACGCAUCUCAGUUUCGCGGACGACAUCAUAGUUUUCACCAAUGGAGAUACGGAAUCUCUUCGAGGAAUUUUUACACUACUGGAUCAGUUCAAGCGUCUAUCUGGUCUCACUAUAAACCCAGCAAAAUCUUCAAUCUACAUGGCAGGUAGAAUCAGUCAAGCUUUUCGUGAUGAGGUGACCAGUAUGGGAAUAGAGCUGUAAACUGGGCGAGCCCAUGUCCAUUAGCCCAUAUCCAUUUGUCCAUUCAUUGUUUGUAGACAGCAAAGUGACCAUGUCCAUUAAGAACUAUGUCCAUUAAAGACCAUACCCACUAACACCCAUAUUUUUAUGGGUUGCCAUGGGGUCCAUAAUGACCAUAUAAGAAAAUUUUAAAUUUUAAUUUAUAAGCAUACAAUUGUAUAUAAAAGUUCAUAAAAUUAAAAUUCAUCCAUAAAUUCAAAAGUACAACAAUACAUAAGUUCAUAAAUACAACAAUUACGGUUUUGGUGGGAAAAAUUGAUUUUGCAGUUUUGGCGGAAAAACUCGAUUUUGCAGUUUUGACGGAAAAACUCGAUUUUGCAGUUUUGACGGAAAAACUCGAUUUUUCAGUUUUGGCGGAAAAAACUCAUUUUUGCGGUUUUGGCGGAAAACUCGAUUUUCUGAUUUUGGCAGAGAAACUCGAUUUUUCGGUUUUGCCAUGGGGUCUAUAAUGACCAUAUAAGAAAAUUUUAAUUUAUAAGCAUACAAUUACAUAUACAAGUUCAUAAAAUUAAAAUUCAUCCAUAAAUUCAUAAGUACAAUAAUACAUAAGUUCAUAAGUACAACAAUUUCGGUUUUGGCGAGAAAAAUCGAUUUUGCGGUUUUGGCAGAAAAACUCGAUUUUCCGGUUUUGGUGGGAAAAUUCGAUUUUGCGUUUUGAAGAAAAACUCGAUUUUCUGGUUAUGACGGGAAAAUUUGAUAUUAAAAUUUAAGCGAAAAAAUCGAUUUUACGAGUUUAGCGGAAAAACUUAAAUUUUAUAAACCUUAGGUUUUGUGACCAUUGGACAGUCCACGUCCAUAAAGCCCAAAACCAAUAAAGACCAUUUUCUUAAUGGUCUUCCACAUUUUGUCCAAUGAAAACUAAUGGGAAAAAUGGGUUUGUCCAUAUUAAGCCCGUUUGUAUAUGGACAUGGGCAACCAUUGGACGGCCCGCCCAUUUGACACCUCUAUAUGGGAAUACCAGUUGAUACUCUUCCGGUUCAUUAUUUGGGACUUUCUCUUACAACAAAAUCCAUGACUCGCAACAAUUAUGAGUCAUUCAUUGAUAAGAUCAGAACGUGCAUCCUCUCAUGGACAAGCCAUUCUCUCCCCUAUGCUGGUCGGCUUCAGCUCAUUAACACUAUUAUUGUCAGCAUCACAAACUUUUGGUGCUCAGUGUUUGAUAUGUUGUGUUUUUGAUACAUUCUAAUAAUGUUUUCUAAAGUGUUUUUUAAGUUUUUAUCGAGUCCUUUUAGUCAUUUUCAAGUUAUGACAGGUCUGGAGUUGCAUUGGAUGGGAGAUGGACCAGCUGGAACAAAAGAGGCAGAAAAGAGUACCUUUUGGUGACUUUCACGCAGAAGAGUCUUGAUGUCUGUUCCCGAUCACGUGGAACACCCCGAAUGCCUGUUCCAGCGGCAAAGAUUUUUAAAGAAACUACAACCUAAUUCGGAAUUUGCCCUAAUCUCCAUAUUUUUCUCUCCCAGACGCCUGUGGCUUUGAUAUAUCAUAUUUUUCUCUUUCUUUUACAGACUACGCUUUUUUUUUCAGAGAGAAACAACUCUAGAGCUUUUAGAGAUUUGUAUUUGAUAUUUUGUAAAGGGAGAAGACUCCAUCUCUCUCACCAUAGAGAAGAACCCCCUGAACCCUUCUUCUAUUUUAUAUGCACAUGUUUUCUUCAUCUAUUGUCUUUGUGUUUUUUUGUUUCAUGGCUGAGUAGUCAGCUUGCUUAGUCUAGGGUGUUAGGGUGUCAAUUUCGUGAGUUAAACAUAGAUAAGUGAAUCCAUUGAUUGUCUUCAUUCAUAACUGUUCUUAAUGCUUGCAUUAAACUGGCUGCUUAAUGUUAGAUCCUAGGUCUAACUUGUUCAUUAGCCGUGUAAUAGGUUGCUAGAUCUGUUAUGAAUGAGCAUUGCAUCCCUAACAACAAAAGUAGAUAUUAGGGUAUUCUGUGAACCUAUCGGACUUGAUCUUAAUGUUCAUCAUCACGCCUUGAUCCAAGCGAGAGCUUAGGUAUUAAGGCUGAUCGUUGAAAGGUGAAGCACCACGACAGUGGGCUGAUCUAUCUUAAGUGAUCCGAGUUCUAGACUAGUGCUAAAUUAAACUUGAAUAAUUGUUUGGCUCACAUUUGUUUAACACCCGAUCAACCACCUAGGCCAGCAUUCUUUAUAAUCUGAAACCAAACUUACUUGUUUACUUGCUUUCUACGAUUCACAAUCUUAAAACUCCCAUAUUGUUUUAGCUUAAUAUUGAUCCCAUAAAGAUAAAGUAUAAACUGGUCCUCUGGAAUUGAAUCUCAAAUACUACAUCUACACUGUUAGCUUGCAGUAGAGAAAGACACAAUUUUAGUGUAUCAAGUUUGGGCACUGUUGCGACGGGGACCAUCUUUUUACCUUUAUUUUUCGGUUAUAUAUUUAGUCUAAGACCUCUAACUUGCUCUAUCCUAUUUGUUGCAGCUAAUGCUACAGGUGCAUGACCAGUAGACAUACUUGGAGGAAUACAUAAGGAGAAUUAGUUAGGCUUACCAACCAGGAGCUAGCAAGGUUAGAAAGACAGCAGCAAGGGCCAAACAACACCAACAUAGGUGAUCAAGGCCAUCAUGAUGAUCUCGCUGCAGCAAUGCAACUGAUGCAACAGCAGAUGCAGCAGUUGCAGCACACCAUUCAAGCGCAUGAACAAGCUGCUCAACAAGAUGCUCAACAGGCCGCGCUACAACAGGAGCAAGCUGCUCCAAUCGGGCAGAAAAACCUUCCGCGUAACUUUUCUACUACGCGCUCCGCCAUUACUCAUCCACCCUGCCUCAGACAGAACUUUGAGAUCAAGCCUGGUUCGAUCGCUCUGGUGCAGAGGAAAGUGUUCAAUGGUCUUCCAGCAGAGAUUCCAAUGGAACAUAUCGAAAGUUCGAAAAAGUCUGCAGCUUUACUCGCGCCAAUGGAGUACCACCAGACUACAUCAAGUGCACGUUGUUCCCAUUCUCUCUUGAUGGGAAGGUUGCAAUGUGGUUGAAUUAUCUCCCUACUGGUUCUCUUACUUCCUGGGAGCAGGUACGAUCAGCGUCCUCAACCAUUUAUACUCUAAGACAAGAAGAAGAUCACCUCCUUCAGACAGCUCACUGAUGAGCAUUUCUGUGACUCAUGGGAGCGUUUUAAUGACUACCGCAGAGAAUGCCCUCACCAUGGAUUUGAUGAUGAUUAUCUCCUGGGCAUUUUCUAUGAUAGAGUGGACUGGAAAUACCAAGGUACUCUAAACUCUUCGAGCAAUGGAGACUUCAUGACUCUGACCACUGAUGAAGGGUUAAAGCUGAUUGAGAACAUGGCUGCUAACUCAGCUAAUAAGAAAGAGGAGAGUGAUUUCUCCAAGAAAGGGAACAAAUCCGACACCCAGAAGAUAGAUGAGCUGGCUGCCAAGGUUGAUCAACUACUGAAAAACAACCAAGGGGACGUCUUUAGCAUGGAUCAAGCUACGGCUGGGCAGAUUCAGAACCAGAACUAACGACAACCGCAAAGCAAUCGACAAGCUGUUCCAGCUACCGGGAACAGUCAACUAGAUGAGCUGAAGGGUUUGGGUAUGAUGAUACAACAGUUGUUGCAGGGUAUGCAAAUUCAGGGCAAGGCAUUGAAUCAGGUUUCUACAGACAUCAACACCAGGAUGGACAACAUGUUCACCGAGCUGAAUACAAAGUAUGAUACUGUGAGCAACCACAUAAAGAGGAUUGAUGUUCAGCUUGCGCAGACAGCUGAGAGUGUUAAGAGGCAGCAAGGUAUGCUUCCUGGAAAGAGUGUGAUGAAUCCUAGGGUUGAGCACUGUAAUGCAACAGAGCUGAGAUGUGAGAAAGCUGAGGGAAAAGAACCAGAGCAACUGUCUGCUGAGACUGCUCCAAGCGCAGAAGAGAGAACAAAGCAGCAUGCUAGCUCUGAAGUGACUGCUCCCGACGAACCUAUUGAGAUUCCACCAGUGCGAGUCUAUGUUCCUAAGGUUCCAUAUCCAAUUCCACCUAGAUAUUUGAUGGAUCCUAUUAGUGCAGAGCAGCUGGCUGGGUUUAGGAAGAUGGUGAGAAGGCUUCUUCAAAAUAUCUCAUUUGAACAAGUUUGGGAGAUUCGGCCAUUGCAUAUGUUCUU